UUUGUGUUUAGAAUUUUGUUGAUAGAGUUUUGUGGAAGUAUUCUGUACUUUAUUUCCGACUCUAAAAUGGUGGUUUCGAAUAAAAUAAAUAGUGCCCUUGCGGUACGCGUGUUACAGCCACGUGUUUUCAGGGGACGGGUGGACUGUAAACACGGCAGAGCGUGGUGUGUUGACACUCAUGUUUUGCAAUGAUGUAGUUCGCAGCUGGGCUUUGCGCUACGUGGUGUAACCAUAUACAUGGGUGUAGCCAUUUGGCCGGAAUGGGUCCAGGAAGUGUGGUAACCCGGUUUGGUCAAUCGGGGCACUGCUAGUAGCCUUCUUCUUCUUUCUGGUUUCGGCUAACGAUGCGUAUUUCUUAAACGGUUAGCUCGACAGCCGAAGAUAUGAAACUACUAUUUCUGGCAUGUCUCAGUCCAAACACUGGGAACAACACCACAGCUGAGAGAAUCAGGUCCUACAUUGAAGCUGCAGGACACACUUGUGAGCUCAGAGACGCAGCGGAGUUUCAGUCCCCUGCUGAGGUGGCAGAUCUAGUGUCUCGCUAUCCUCCAUUUGAUGGUGCACUGGCCAUUCAUCUGUUUAAAGCAGGCCGACUUCUCUUGGACGUCCAUGUGCCCUUUGGCGUCAUCUUUGGAGGAACAGACAUAAACGAAGAUGUGAAAGUCAAACAGAAGUGUGUGGUUAUGGACCAGGUGCUGCUGAAAGCCAGGUUUGCUGUUGCAUUUACCAACACACUGAAAGAAGAGGCAGAGUUAUACUUGCUGUCCCAGAGCAGUAAAAUCUAUGUCCAACCCCAAGGUAUCCAGACAGAAGUGGCUGAGAAAUUCUGCUGGACUGAAUUCUUGAGGAGCUCAGGUGUAAGUAGUGAGCAUGUGGACGAGCUGCGCGUCUUCUUGUUGGUCUGUGGCCUCAGAAGAGUCAAGGAUCCCCUUUAUUUGGUGAAGGUAUUUUCAGAGUUGCAUUAUGAGAAUCCACAGAAUGUGCUGGUCAUUAUUGGACCAAAGAUGGAUCCUGCAUUUACUGUUGAAGUGGAAGCUGUAGUUAAAAGGCACAUGUCGUCAUGUUUCCUGAACCUGAGCUUGUCACUUCUGCUCGCCAUUAUUCAUGCCUCUGUGAGCCCCGAGUCAUGCCCUACUGAGCCCUGUCACUGCCUCUGCAGCACAGCAGGGGUCUUCUUGGCCCGGGAGAGGAGCCAACAGGAGCUCCAUGCUGCCAUGAAAAGGUGCUUCGCGAUUGUCAACAGCUCUGCGUCAGAGGGCAUGUCAGCGGCCAUCUUAGAGGCCAUGGAUCUUGAGGUGCCUGUCCUGGCCAGGGAUAUUCCGGGGAAUUCAGCGGUGGUGCAGCACGAGUUCAAUGGCCUGCUGUUCUCUUCACCUCAGGAAUUUGUCCGUCAGUCUCGGAGGCUUUGGUCCGACCGUGAGCUGAGGGAGAAAGUGGUCCGCAAUGGAAAACGCUACGUGGAAGAACAUCACAGCGUGAAGCGGGAGAGAGAAACCUAUCAGCGACUGGUGGACAUUCUGCUCUGAGGUGACCACGUUCAGCUUCUCUCUACUCUCUCAGGAACUUCAGUGAAAGGGAAACAUGCACACAGUUUAAAUGUUUAACAAAAGUAAUCCUAUUUUUCUACACUGUGCUGCAACAAAAACACUUUGAGCCAAAGACCCAGAAUAAUAAUGGUUGUUUGUAUUGUUAAUAUAUUUUAUUUACUCUAUUUGAAAUUGAUAAUGUACUGUUAUUAAUGGUGUAGCAUAAAUGUAGGACAUUUUUUCCCAAUUUCUUUUUAAUAAAAGUGUCUUAACAACUCCACGGGUUGUUUUUAA